AUGCACCACCCCAAAUCUGACGUGGACAGGCUGUACCUGCCCAGAACCGAAGGAGGUAGAGGGCUCGUACAACUCAGGCUUUCCUACAAGACGACCACUAUUGGUCUUGAUAAAUUCCUCCAGGAGACGCAUGACACCCCCUCCACUUUGUCAAAGACCACGACGACAGGAAAUCCUCGUACUCCAUCAGCAGACAGUCGAUGAAGUUCAGUCGGGAACUGGGAGUGUCUGCAAUACCACCUGCAGAGAAUGAGGCGAACACCACCUAUGCCCGCAGAACAGUACAGGCCAAGGCAAAACACCAGGGUCGCCACCAGCUCAGGUCCAAGUGGGAAUCAAAAGCGCUCCACGGCAAAUACCCACUACGGGUGAGACAGGCUGACGUGGACCAAGACAAGACCCACAGAUGGCUAAAAGCAGCUGGCUUAAAGGCAGAAACCGAGGGCUUUAUCAUCGCAGUUCAAGAUCAAAGCCUCCAAAUGAACCCAAAAUGCAGACUUUGUGGCCGUUUCGACGAUACCAUUGACCAUCUGGUCUCCGGCUGUCCUGAACUGGCUAAAACUGUACACAUC